CGUAAGGUAAGGAAGGUAGCGACGAUCCUCGACCACAUCGUCGAACAUCGUCCAACCUCACUCACGAUGGACCAUUUCGGACCUUGAUGCAGGCGGCACAGCAGGGUACCUUGGGCACACUCGAUCAUGCUGUCGUGCGUGUUGUGUUGCCUCUGCUGACCAGUCACUCGCCACUGUAAAUCACUUGAAAAAAAAAAAAAGGCCUCCAUCGGAAUCCACACAACACAGAACCUAAGUCUACGCCCUCUCCGCCAGCCCAGACGGCACUUCCGCAAACUCUGAUGCCUCCCUCCCAGGCCUCCUUUGCAAGUGCCUACCAACCUUACCUACCUAGGCAAAGAGUUGAUCGUAACACAUCCUGUCGUCUAGCAAUGAAGCAUUUGAUUUGAUUACCUUACUUAGUGUAGGUAGGUGGUGUUCAUAAACUGAGGCCAAAUGGUGAUGCAUAUUCCCCGCUACAACUCUACCAAAACAUACAUAUUACAGACUGCAAGCUCUGCGUCAUCAAGCUGAUAAGGUGUACACGACUCCUACCCGAACUCUAUGUAUUAGGAGUUCUUCUUUGUACGCUUUUCGUACCUACCUAAUAAGCAAGAACAUCUCGACCCCUCUAUUCAUGUUUCAAGCAGAGCACUCAUUUCUACCCUCCUUUGCUUGCAUAUGGUUUUCCUUUCUUUUUCAUCACCGUCCAUUUAGGUGUCUUGGGAAAUCCGACAAAUAAAAAGGUAUCUCUUGAACAGCGCUACCUUGUAUCCAACCCUGUAGCAGCUCUCUAGCCCCCUAGAACGAUCCAUGGCCACCUCCAUGGCUCUAAAAAGUGAUCAUUGGGUAACUCCUUGCCCCCUGGCUCUGAGACGUCCCCUCACACUCACAUUCCCUCCCCUCCAGCUUCUCCCAGCCUCUGGACUGAAUGAGUCCGUCUCAUCUGAACCAAUUCGACACUUGAACUUGGCCCUCGAUCUGGUCGCAUCUGACUCGCCGUUUGAGCCCCUUCUUCUCCACGUCUUUCGUACUUCUAUUCGGCAAAUCGUUCCACUAAGGCGGUUAUCAAUCUAUUUCAGUAAUUCGACUGCCGACGCCAGGCUUGGUUCCCGCCUCUGUUUCUGCUCCUUAAGAUUGUCUCUUGGUUCUUGGCCUCGCCUUGCCCUGUCUUUGUUUCUCACGCUCCACCUGCGAGGCCAGAGGCUCGAGAGGUUAGAACUGUGUUGCGUCACAUUUUGGUUCAAUUUGAACUAGUCAAGUCCAGGCUUCAGUCCAGACAUUUACACCUUCUCUGCUUUUCAUCUGGUCUUUCCUCACCCCAAUCCCAGGACUUCCAUUGACAGUGAAUAUCUCUCUCGCCUCAUCCUUUCCAUUUCCUUUCUGGUUGUUACAUCGCACUAUCACCCGGGCUGUCUGCGUUUUGUGCGUUGCUGUCCUGCCCUCUCUACUGAACUUUCACACUUGCGCUACUGUACACUGCAAUCGCUCCUCCUCCGCUUGCAGCCACGCUCGCAGAUCUUCUCCUUCCUGCCCCGGACCCGGUUACCGCGACUGUCGGCGCCCUUGCCCUGUCUUUGGGUCUUCCCUUAUCCUUCCCUAGUCCUUCCAUUCUCCGACCAGGGUCAGACACCUUCUGCGUGCCGCUAAGCAGGUCUCGCUCGUACUGCUGUACACACAGCAGGCAGCUCGUACCUUGAACCAAGACUGGUAAGCUAAAGCCUGGGCCGAUUCCCUCACUCACUGCCCCGAUACCAUCAUUUGUUCCAGCGCACGCGUGCUCUGGUCUGGUCCUGCCUGUAGUGUCGGUUGUACUGCGGAGUACUGUCUUCAGUCCAGUCCAGUUCGUCCGUCCGUUCUUUCCUUCUCACCACCUGUGAAUCCAACUCUCAAUCCGACGUACGUCCUUCCUUGCCUCUUUUCCUUCUUCUUUUCAUCCCCUGGUCCUUCCUAUUCCUUGGUGGCUCUUUCCAUCUUGGCCCAAUCCGAGUCCAGACUCCGAGUCCUCUUGUCCUCUCCAUUUACAGCCCAUCGCGCUUCUCCCUCCUGCGCCAUCAUUUUUCAAAUCCCUCUUGUCUUCUUUUCGCAUCGCCGCAUCUACCACGUCUUUCGCGACAUCCUCCUCUUGCUUACCAGCUAAUAUCCGCCCUUCGUCUCUCAGCCUCGACUGAAUUUUCUAAUUGUACGAACCCUGUCGCCAGCCGACUGCUUCCUCCCGCCGCGGCGCCAGUCUGACAGCCUGUCCGACCCUUCCCAGAAGAAAACACCAUUCGUCUGUACUACCUAACUAGGUUCAUUGAAUCAACUCAACUUGACAACAUCGCAUACGAACUUCACGAGACGAACCAGCAUCACGGGCGCCUAUCUCUCAAUUUAAGCACCCAUUGCUAGCCACAAACCCGUAUGCCGUGUGGCUAUUGAGUCAAUUCUUUUGGGCUGCUUCGCGACAAUCGUGUUUUCAAUCACGACCUCGAAAUUCCAUCCUACUCUGCUCCCAUCCAAACAUUCGAGGGCUCGAUCGGCUCGCUCUUUGAGAUAAUUUGGUCUCCGGCAUUUCGUGAGGCUAUUCGGUUCCGGUAAAUCCCUUUAUCUUGGUACAAAUACUCAACUGCCCGAAGGGCUACGGUGCUCCAGUCGCGAGACUGGUAGCUCUCCAUGAGCACCAUGGACCGCGCCGCCUGUCACGUUAUUUACGUCAAUCGCAAUGUCAGCGAAGAUGGAUUGAUUUACAGCACUUCUGGCGACAGCACAUCCGAUUGGGCAACGGAUGAGGCUCGUCACGUCGUACAACCACUGCUAGAUGCCUUCGGAGACGUUCACGUUUGCGCAUCUGGAGGUGCCUGCUUAACAAAAUUAUUCGAAUUACAAGAGGGUUCAAUGCUUGACCUGAAGCCAACCCUGGUUCUCCUUGACACGCCAAACGAUGACCCAGUACCUGAAGCGCGGAGAAGGGCCUCGUCACCUUCUCCUUCAUCCAGUUCUUCCACUGAAAAUGUCGACAUCCACACACCCGAUGAAGCACUAUACGGUCUGGGACUGCUGCAAAAAAUCAUCACCGAAGCGCACUUGCGCGGUAUGUCUAAACUCGUUGUACCGAUUCCGGUGAUAAGCAAUUUCGAGGCACGUCAUGCCACAACCAACGGACAGUUGACCGACGGCACAGCUGAGCAAAAGCCUUCGCCACUGGGAUCGCUUGACGCAAAUCGUCAACUUAUCAGGAGGUGCCUGGAUCUGGGGGCAGUCGAUGUCAUAAUUUGUCCAAUGAGCACCAAAUGUAUUACAAGUCUGGAAAUCUGCGCCUACCGGGCUCACAGAGAUGCCGCCAAGGAACAGUCAACCCUGCUGGAAAUUAGACAAGGUCGAAAACGGUCGUGGGUGGGAGUCAACGAAGAGAAGCCCUUCGCAUACCUUCGUGAAGCCAUGGUAUCCGGUCUGAUGAAAGGAAUAUGCCGUUUAGGCACCAGUGACGACCAAAUCAACAAUGCUCAUGUGGCCGUCUCUUCGGAACGACAAUCUGCCAUCGCUGAGGCAAUAGGAAGUUGGCGCUUCUGCGCUCACUCAUUCACCGAUGAUGAGUUGUUGGUGGCCGCAAUGGACAUGUUUAGACACGCCUUAUCUAUGCCAGAACUUGAGCGAUGGCGGAUACAUGCAGAUCAACUAAUCAGCUUCCUCGUUGCUUGUCGUGCUGCAUACAAUAGCUUUGUACCUUACCACAAUUUCCGUCAUGUUGUGGAUGUACUACAAGCUACCUUCAAUUUCCUGGUACAUAUCGGUGCUCUGUCGCCGUAUCCUUCGGGUACCGAAUCCCGUCCCAUGCCAGAAAAGUCGCCUAUGGCUUCUCUCAUAACUCCGUUUGAAGCGUUGACGCUCCUCAUCACUGCUAUUGGGCAUGACGUCGGACACCCUGGCGUGAACAACGGUUUUCUUGUGACACUAAAUGCUCCCCUGGCACAGUUGUACAACGAUCGAUCUGUUUUGGAAUCGUUUCAUUGCGCCGCUUACUCGCAGAUUCUUAGACGAUACUGGCCCUCUGCCUUCGAAGACACAAAGAUGCGUAACCUGAUGAUCAGCUCUAUCUUAGCUACGGAUAUGGGCUUGCAUUUCGACUACAUGAAGAAGCUCGGAGAUGUUCAAGAACGACUUCAAGCUAACAAUAGCGCCGACGGUUGGAAUGGUCGGCAAAUUGAAGAGAACAAGUCUCUUGCUUGUUCGUUACUCAUCAAAUGUGCUGAUAUUAGCAACGUGGCACGAAACCAUGAAAUAGCUUUGAAGUGGACUUACAUUCUCUCAGAAGAGUUCUCCCGACAAGCUUCGAUGGAGAGUGAGCUGAGCAUCCCUUCAUCACUUAUGACACCACCCAAGCAAGACAUGACUUCACUGGCUAAAGGCCAACUCGGCUUUAUGAAUCUUUUUGCCACCCCUCUUUUCCAAGGCGUCGCCGACAUCAUGCCCGCUAUGCAGUACACUGUCGACGAGCUUGAGAUGAAUAAGAGUCUCUUCGAGCUUAAGCUUCAACAAGAGAAAGAAAAGCAACCUCUAGAUGAUCCAAUCAGGAGACGGCUUCUGAAGGAAGGUACAUUUUCCCCAAGAACCAUGAGCUUUGCUGUACCACAAGAGGAGGAGAAAGAGGAGAAAAGAGAUAUGACAACUCUGUUCGAGGCAUUGGAUCGCGGAUCGGACACGACCCCUGUAGGAAACAGCGAACUGCCCAUGCCACGCCCAGAAAGGGAUGACUUAUCGCCGGCCGACAGUCAGAGGACAAUGGGACCAUCAGCCGCAAACGGUGUAGCUGGUGACCACAGGGGGUCGAACGGAUCAGCUUCAACAUUUGAUGCGGUUAGAGAAUUGGCCAACAGUGAUCCGUUUCAGACGCAGACGAGAAGGGAUUCAGCGAAGCAACGAUCCAGCGAGACGACAGAUGGGAGUGUCUCUGGGGCAUGCUCGGGAGAUUGGGCUUCACAAGCAACAAGCGCUACAACGGGCAAGAUGCCGAUGUCACCAAGCACACGUGGUACGAGUAUCGUGAGCGGAGAUUCGACUGAACAUGCCGUUGAAAUCCCCAAGAUCAACGUCGACUCUGCAAGUUUGAAAGAUAGCUCAGGAACCCUUCGCCAGGAUAGCUCACCGAUCGAUGACGAAACAAGGUCCGAUGCGAGCACAACAGGUGGAAGCAUAGGCAGGGCUGAGGGCAAGUCGCUGCGAAAGAAAACAAGCAGGUUCAGGAUAAAGGAUCUUCCCUUUUUCAGAAGACACAAAGGCACGAAUUCUCCGUCUACUGCAGACAUGACUGGAUGAGGUUUUACAGCACUCAUCCGCCAGGAGCGAAAAGAGGGGCGUGGUCAAAUUAUGCUUCAAUGACGUGCUCAUGAAGCUGGAGAGGCAAUCCAGAGCGACGAAUGAGUUGAGGUGAUUCUGGCUGAAUAUUCUGUGUUCUAUAAGUUUUGUUUUGAGGGAAGGUGUUGGUCUAUGUUGCUCUAAUGAUUGCAGUAUAUACGUGUACAAUAUCGAUGUGUGGACGGAAGGAUCGUGCGUCUGCUCAGAUGUCCAAGGAAUGGGGUCCAAAUCAGCAUCUCGAGUCAGAAUGCAUUUCCGAAGGAACGGAGAGACGGACAGGGCUACUGGCGUUGGCGCAAGGCAAGGUUGGGACGGUGACGAAAGCAAUGUAUCAAAAUUAAAGAGGACGGUGGGGCGUGGGAAAGGGUUUAUUUGGUUGUCUUGGCUCGAGUAUAUGGUAUGGGUUGGGUAUAUGGUAUACGGCAUAGGAUGAUGGACGCAGUGUUGGUGUUGAGUAUGGCUGCGAGGCUAUGAUUGCACACAAGCUGUUACAUGAGAUAAGAAAUAUUAUUCAAUGAUGAACUACUUCGAAGCCCAAACAAAUACCGAC